AAAAAAAUUCGCCCUAGUGUUGAGGCUAUAGAGAGAUGACGUUAGAUGGUCUGUAGAGAGGAAGUUUGGAGAGACACCUUUGAUAACAGCAGCAAUGAAUGGGUGGUACGACAUCAUUGAUAUUUUAUUGAAGACCAAAGAUAUUAAUGUGAUGAAGAGAGAUCAUCGGGGAUGGACAGCCAUCCAUUAUGCUGCAAGGUAUAAUCACGUGACCAUUGUAGAGAGACUUGUGUCGUGUUCUGUUCCUGUUGAUAUCAAUGAUAAUGCUGAUCGUACACCACUGUGGUAUGCUGCCCGUCAUGGUCAUGUGUGUUGUGUUGAUGUUCUCCUAAAACAUGGAGCGAGUCCCCAACAUGAGAAUAAGAGGGAAGGAUCACCACUGGAGAUUGCUAAGCGACGUGGUCACAGUGAUGUGGUUGAGAUGAUGGAAGAAGCCAUAAGAUUCAAGAUACCAAAGAGAGAGGAGCACAUAGCUACAGUGAGGAAACAUGGACAUACAGUGACGUUACUGAAAAGACAGUUGGCAGAGAAAGACGUGCAAUUGCAAUCAAAGAGCAAAGAAGUGGCAGAGAAAGACGUGCAAUUACAAUCAAAGAGCAAAGACAUUACAUCUUUGAAAGCACGAUUGGCAGGAAUCAGAGCCGUAGCUAAUGUUGAGAGUGAUGAGGUUGUGGAAGAUGAUGUGACAGCAUCCAGAGUUCAAUCUACUGCUAGCUCAUUUGCUCAGUCAACAGAGGAUGAUCAUAGGCGUGAUUCGUAUUCUCGUCGAGUUCUGCAGGCAAUUCAAGGAGUUGGCUCUACCAGAUGGUAUGCACUCGGUCGUGAUUGUGGAGAAACACCAGAUCAGCUGAACAAAUUCACUGUUCUGGUCAAUGAUUGUGAUAAAGUUCAAGCUUUAUUUGAUGUGAUGGCACAGGAAGUAGGAGAGAAACAAGCAGCAGACAAACUGCUGGAUGCGUGCAAAAUCAUAAAAAAUCCAAUAUUUGCUGAAGUCAAAGAAGCGAUGGACAAAAUGUAAUUUGGGAAGAUGAAGAAACAAGGGAAUGUGUUCUUGUAUUGCAUAUUAAUAGUGUUGUCGUAGUUAAAUGUCCUCAAUUGUGAUUUGUUGUCAUUUUUAAUCCAAACGUAGCAGUCUAGUGAUUGUGUAGAAAAGUGAAGACAUCAAAUGCGUUUUUAUGCUUCUGGUCAAUACUCACAUAUCAAUGCAUUAGGGGGGGGUGUUGAAAUAUUAGACACGAUGGUGGUCUAUUACAACGAUGCACCAGAAACUUGUGUGA